AUGGCAAAUACUGACAUUUUCCUGGGCCUGGCAGAGGCUGAUGUCAACAAGGCAGUGGCGUGGCUGGAAGACGCGCGCCACAUGCCGGCGUCUAGUGGUUUUUCACCAACGCAAUGGCUGUGGCAUUGGUUCUCGUCUACGCCAGCCUUUGCGCCUGUGACGGAGGCUGCGGAGAAGAUGGACACCGUCUUUGGCUUUAGCUCUGGCGAUUGGGCUUUUCAUUGGGUCGAAGAGAUGGAAAAAGCUACCCUGAACCCGGGUUCAGCACCGACGCAGACUGCUUUGGACAGCAAGUGGCCGCAUUUUCCUAAUGGCCACCGCUCCCUGGGACUGGCCCCUGCAGAUCUUCUCCGUGCGCAUGCGUGGUUGGAAGAGGCCGCUUCUUUCAAUGGUGCCGGCGGCUGGGAAGAAGACGACUGGCUUCGCUAUUGGAUGGAGCAGGACUCAGCCUUUGAGACUUUGCUUCAGCGCGCUAGGGAGGCCGACCAUGGCUGGAAUAUUGGUCAAUGGCUUUGGCUUUGGGUGUCGCAAGCCGACCGACCUCAGCCACCUCCGGCGCCUCCUUUGGGCACUGCGCCGCCUUUGGCUACUGGCAUUGGGCCGGACGCUUUCCCGCUCAGCCAGCACAAUGAGACGGUAAUCGUCCGGCAGAUUUACUGCCGUUCCACAUGUCAGGACUGCGGGGCUGGCCAUUGCGGGGUCGUCCUUACACGCGAAGAUUUGCCUCAUCGGCACCGCUGGCGUCUGGCAUCGGAGCGUGCCGAUGGAAAUCAGAGCUUGCGUGCAGUUUCGGAGCUUCUUUCAAUUCUGGUCUGGCUGUGGACGCUCCACACAUUCCUCCAGGCGCACCUCUCAGAGUGUUUCGUCCUUUCCUUGGCCCAGCUUAUUGACUUUGCACUGGCUUUACGGCCUCCUCUGUGCGUCAAGUUCUUCUAUCUGCUCUGUGCCGCUUUGGCGUGUUUCACUUUGGCCGACACAUGUUCUAUGGCCGACCCAGGGAGCGACAAUGGGAGAGGCCUUCUCAUGCAGCCGACCCCCUCAGACAAGCUUUCAGUUCUUUGGGAAUCUUUGAACCUUGAUUUCCCGGAAGAGGUUGUGUCUCAUUCGGAGUUGAACCGCACCAUUCGUAAUUUUGGGUUCCUGGCUACCUCCUUUGACCAGUUGGACCAGUGGUUGGAGUCACACGGUCUCCUGGACUUUGGCUCCGGGACACAUGCGGACCUUCGGUGUCUUUGGCACAGGUCACAUGCAUUGGCUUGUUCUGAGGGACACACGGCAGCUGUGCCCUUUCCGCCGCAACCCUCUGCUCUGCCUUUACCGCAGGACCAGUCCUUCAGCGCGGCUUCAGACCCUAACCACACCAUGUCAGGUGCUGCAUCGUGGAACGAGCCUUUCCCAGCUAAGCUCUCCUCAGACAAAACGGCCGAGCUUCGAGCCGCUUUCCUGCGGAAAUACCCUAGCGAGGUUUUGGACGAUUCCACUAUGCCUUCGGCUCGUCUCCUUGCUUUGGCGUUUAAACAAGCCUCGUCCCAAGAGUGGCGCUUCAUCCCUUGGCGUUGGCGCAUGUCAGUGCUUGAGCUUGAAGAGCAGCAGUUGCAGCGCCCCCGCAAGCUAGCCAGGACUGAGUUGGCAGAUCUCAUUUUGGAUGAUGUCCCCUCUCGGAACCUCCCGGACACACUGGGCAUGUUUGCAUCGAGUCUACCUUCCUCCGUUUUGCUUCGGCUCGCUUUGACAAUAGCAGUGGCCUUCGCCCACCCAACGCAUUGGAAUGUGAGCAGGCAGAUCGCCGAUUUUGGGAGGCUGUGUCCGAACUCCGUUUGCAAGGUUGGUCUUUGGACGACUGCAUCCAUGAGAACACAGCCGUCCGCAGCGAGCUGGCUUCUCUUUUGGCUCCGCGCGUUUUUCUGCCUAAGGCCAUGCGCCGCCCGGAGGGCAAAGGAGCAGGUGGAGGAAAGGGCAAUGGCCCCGGUGCUGGCUUUGGCAACGGACGCGGACGCGGCAAAGGCAAGGGGGAUGGAAGAGGUCGUGGGAGUGGCCUUGGCACCGGUCGCGGGGGAUCCGGUCUGGGCAACCAAGGCAACUCCGCGGGGACCUCCACAAAUCGUCAAGAGUGGGCAUCCUCCGCAAAAAUUAACGGAGAAGUCAAGGGGACCGGACCCAUCUUUCGAGCAGGCAGCUGGGUCCGGUCUGCCUUUGUUCGUGCCUGCCAUUUUGCCUUUGUCUUCCCAGAGCUCUUCAACUCCGGCAACCGCUGCUCCGGCAAAGCAGGCGCCCGAGCCUUUGAUGCCCGUUUUUCCUCACGAGGGGGCUUUGGCUUUGUCCGUUUCUGAUUCGCUAUCCCCAAGAAGCCCGCCACCACUGUACACAGAUCCCGAUGUGGACGUCUUGGCCCCGGACAGCCUCAACCCAACGCCAUCUCCUGCACCGGUCUCCGCAGAGUCCAUGCCAGGGCCGUUUCCCCCGGCCUCCUCGCGGGUCACCUCUGCCCUACAGUCAGUUCGGGAUUUCAAGCAACCCUUCUUCCUGGACAUUUGCGCGGGAGCGGGCUCACCGCUCAGCUCCGCUUUCUUGGAGAAGGGAGUACCUUGUUUGUCUAUAGACAUUCUCAUUGACACAAACAUGGAUCUUCUCCAGGACGACUUCUUUGAACAUUUGCUGCGCAUUUGCACGUCCCGCCAGGUGUCGCUCAAACAGCCCCCCAACAGCGUGGCCUGGAUGGAGCCGAUUGCGACCAAUUUCUUGGCAGCCAUCAGCGCGGAUCUGGUCCACGUGGCCGCUUGUUCCGGUUUGCGUGAUGAGUCCGGCAAUUUUUGCAGUCGGGCUUCUGCAGAGUACCCCCCCCUUUUAGCAGACAUGUAUGCGGAGCAAGCUCUGCCCCUCUUCGACGUGGAACCAGGGGGAGGUACUGCCCUUUCUUUCGCCACGGUACCUUUGCUUUCCAAACCCAAGGCCCUUCACGAGGCUCCCGUGGCUUCGCAGGAUGGGGCCGGCAUCCUCUCCACGCCAGACUGGAGCGCACCACCCUCGGGAGCCACAGACGUGUUCGCACACCUUAGGCCUAAGCUAAUGGCCUUUCUUCUUCAGGGUCGUUUGCCUCAGCGUUUGCGCACUUUGGUUUUGGGGGGAUCCGCGGAACCUCUUUUCUCAAGCUCGGAGAUAGACGCCCUGCGUUGCAUCUUCCAGGACUGGCUCUCCGCGCAUUUCCCUGGCGUUUCCGUAUCCUGGGAAAUAUCCGCAGGGCAACCGUGCUGCCUCCAGGCGCUGGCAGCUGUCUCACGCAUCUGUCAAGAUCGAGACGUAUCCCUGUUCACCUGUCUGGAACAGGGAGUGCCUACUGGCUUUGACGGGGACAUUCCGUUGUCCAACGUUUUCCUGCCACAAGGAGGAGGCCAUCCUUUCGAGCAAUCACUUGGCAUUUGUCAUGGCAAUUGGUCCAGCGCUGAAGCGGAUCUUCCAACCCUGCAUGCCUUAGUGGAAGAGGAGAUCGCCAAUGGCUGGUUCUUGGAGCUAGAUUCUUUGGAAGCGGCUCAAGAGCGUUUUGGCGACAAGCUGGCCAUUGGAAAGAUGUCUAUUGUCAAAGCUGAAGGCAAAAAGCCUCGUCUUGUGGUGGAUUCCACUGUCUGUGGCACUAACCCGUCUUGCUCGAUCCCCGAAACGUACACACUCCCGGGCAUUGACGAUGUUAGGGAUUCUUUCCCUUUGCGCUGUCACUCUGGCCUCUGCGCGGGUUUCGCUUUUGACAUCAAGUCAGCUCACAAAACGGUUCGAGUUCGCGAUUCGGAUCAGGGGCUUCUCGGGGUCUCCCUCCCGAAGAUUCAGGGCCCUGGCCGGCUUUUUUACCGCGUUUGUCCCUUUGGAGCGAAUUUCUCGGCCCUCUGGUUCCAGCGACUGGGAAGCUUUUUCCUUCGCACUUUACACCUUUGGACCUGGCUCCGACACGCCCUGCUGGGCUACGUGGACGAUUUUAUCCUGUUUCAGGACCAGGAGGAAGCCUUACAGGGUCGCCAUGUCUCGAAACGGACCCUGGACAAGGUCACCGGGUUGCUGCAGUGGUUUUGCAAGCUGUACAAGCAUUUUAAGCCUUGGUUGCAGACCCUGUACGCUGAUGCGAACCGUCCAUUGGCCACCAACUACAGCAUUGACCCUGGCGAUUGGCCCGGCUUGGCCAUUUGCGUUAACGAGGGGCUUGUCUUCACCUCCACACCGCCGGGCACGAGCAUUCCGACAGGCGCUAAGCUCAUUGAAGCUAGGCACUUGGCCCUGCAGUCUAAGAAAGACCUUGCCAACAUUCCCACCUCGAAACGUAUUUGGAUGAGAGUGACGGACCCCUCCACCACUCGCCGCAAGCUUUCAGUUUCCAGCCGUGAGAGCCUUCAGUUCUGGCUUAAGUGGUGCGAGGUUCCACCCCUUUUCUUUCCUUUGCAGAAACCCGCGGACGUUCCCAUCGUCUGCGCUGUCGCCGUGCCAGCUCACCAGGACAUCACAUGUUACGAGACAUUGGCACAGCUUGGCCUCAUUCUUUGUCUCCAUUCCGUGGUGCCCUUGGCACGCUGGACAGUCCGUCUCCGCACUUUGUCCGACAACACAGGCGCAGAGGCAGGCAUCAAUAAGCUCUACAGCUCGGCCUUUCCUUUGUCAGUGUUUCUGAAACGCUUGUCAAUGUUGGCAUGCAUGACUGGCAUUGAGCUCGACGUGUUCCACGUACCCGGCGAAAAGAAUGACGAUGCAGAUUUGCUCUCCCGCUGGAGUGAUGAGUCCCAGCCCUUGCCUGCCAAGUUCCUUCCGGACUUUCGUGUGGACUGCAGCCUUGCACGCAUCUGGCACUUCCGUUCCGAUGUGCGCCUUUGGCCUCCAGAUGCCAAGCUCAAAUGGCAGCCGCCAUAA